UCGUUUUGCAAUACUGCCAUUAGUGAAAUUAAAUGUAACACAUGUACGUUAAGUAGAUUUGAAAAGAGAAAAUUAGAUAUUGAUUUGGAUACAGAGAACUAGGAAGGAUAUUGGUACUAAAUAUAGCGGAUAAAGAAGGAUAUAAAAUUUGAUCCUUUAGUUUACUUUCUCAGUACAUACAAUCAAGUUUAGCAAAGCGAAAAGGAUUCUUGGAUUACUGACAUGUGUAUAUUGAAUUUAAACAACUACACACGGACUCUAAAGGAUUGAUCCACAAGAAGAUGACGUCCAUGGUCAAGACGUGUUGUCUUGCCAAACAUGUUGGCAGUGUACGGGAACUAGCAACCAUGGUUAUGGCACGAAUGCGUGAAGACGAAUCCAAACUGACCCGUCAGAUGAAAAAGCUUAUCAAAGAAAGGAAAAGCUAUGCUAUCCAAAUUCUGUUGACAGACAUCGAGGGCUGGACACCAAUGCACGCAUGCGCGUUAAGAGGAUCGAAGAAACUUUUGAAAGUUUUUCUAAGUUCAGGAAUUGAUAUUAAUGCAAAAAUGGGUCACCCAGAAGGACUUCCAGGCGAAUGUACAGUUUUACACAUGGCAUGUUUAAGGGGUGAUAUGGAUUUCAUAGAAUAUCUAGUGUCUCAGAAUGCAGAUCUUGAUGCAAAGGACAGCAACCAUAUGACUCCAAUUAUGUACGCAGCGCGAAGGAAACAUAGAAGAGCGGUGCGUUUUCUCCAGGACAAAGGUGCUAAUAUGGCCGGUGUUGAACUUCCGGCGUAUGACUGUAUUACUCCGCAAGCUACAUCUGCAAAGUUCUGUUUCUUUUGAUACGAAACAAUAUUUCAUCUUGAUGUUUAUCGUUCUAUUUGUGGAAAUGAGAAAGGAUUUAUCAAUCAAGGAAGAAAAUCAGCGUAAACAACAGGAUGUUACUGCGACAUUAUGAUAUUUAUAAAUAUCACACCUACUUCAAGUUCGAGAUAACAGUAUCAUUAUUUAAGGAAACUGUACUUGUGACUGUCUAACUGAUAUCAAGUCAUUAUUUAUUUUAAUUUUGAAAUAUGUAUUGUAGCACGCAAAAACGUAUUAUAGUGUACAUGUUGCGUCUCCAUGUUUCCUUCUCAAGACUCUUGGGUAGUGCUAUGUAUGCAAGGACAAAUCAUUUGUUUGACUUAAAACUUGAGUUUUUUCGUGUAAAUCCUAUAAUUAAAGCAUAGAAUAGUCAA